UAUCCUUUUCCAAAUUUGUUGGGUGGAAAUAGGGUACAUGGUGUGCUGCCGUAUUUUCACGCUGGCGGAUUGAUUACUGUAUUUGUUAUGCUGGUUCAAGGAGUUACAGUAGUUAUUAACAAAAAGUUCACUGAAGCAACAUUUCUUCGUAUUUUGACGGAAUAUAAGAUCACUAUUCUUAACAUCGUCCCAACAAUCCUCGAUUUUCUCAUCAAGCAUCCAGCAGUCGACAACUACGAUCUCAGUGCGCUUAAGUUCAUCUUCGUUGGUGCAGCGAAGUGUGAAGAAAGUCACCUUCGCGCUCUCAAAGAGCGUCUACCUGAUGUUCAGGAUGUUGUACAGUUGUAUGGAUUGACAGAAGCCGGAAUGCUGAUUUUCACUACGCCUGUAGGAAACACACGUCUGUCAUCGGUUGGAAGACCUAUGCCUGGAGUGGAAGCUGUAGUUGUCGGAGAGGGGAAAGAAUGUCUUAAGAAUAAUGAGAUAGGAGAGCUGGUGGUGAGAUCGCCAUCUAUGAUGGAGGGGUACCUUGGCCAUGGCGAUAUCAAUCCAGAUGGGUGGUUGCAAACAGGUGAUUUGGCUCGGAUCGACGAUGAGGGAUUCGUUUACAUCGUUGGGAGAAUAAAGGACAUGAUUAAAGUACGAGGAUGGCAAGUGAACCCCUAUGAAAUCGAAGAAGCUAUUAAAGCAAAUAUCGCCGAUGUGAAAGACUGUGCUGUUGUUGGCGUCGAAUACGGAAAAGAUGGUCAUCGACCUAAAGCUUUUGUUGUUGGAGACGUUGAUAAAAAUGAUGUGAUCAACUUUGUUAAAGGUGCCAAAGAGAUUAUAGCUGACCUGUCCUUUAGAUUAAAACAUUAA